CUCCCCUCCAUGUCAUUCUGCUGCUUCCGCCGACAAUGGGAGCCUCCACCGCCGCCGCCAUUAAUGCCAAGGCUCUUCGGAGAAGGCUCCCUCUUCUCUCCAUUCUCGCCGUCGUCUUCCUCACCUUCGCCUCCAUUGCUCUCUUCUCCUCCCAGAGAAUCGGUUUUCUUUCUUCCGCCUCCAUUUUCAGCCUCAAUUAUUCCUGUUCCAACCGAGGCGGCGCCAUUACAUCAGUCGACGCCGACCAGAGCGGUUCAGAAGUGGACGACAGGUUUGAGUUCGACCCGAACGAGUGCAGCGUCACUCAUGGCAAGUGGGUCUUCAACUCUUCGCUCAAGCCGCUGUAUUCGGACCGGACCUGCCCUUUCCUCGACCCGCAAUUUGCUUGCAUCAAGAACGGCCGGCCGGACUUCGACUAUCUCCGCUGGGAGUGGCAGCCCGACGACUGUAUCUUGCCCAGGUUUGAUCCAAAACUUGCGCUGGAGAAGCUCCGGGGGAAGAGGCUGAUGUUCGUCGGGGAUUCACUGCAACGAAACCAAUGGGAAUCGUUCGUCUGCAUGGUUGAGUCUGUCAUCCCGGAAAACCAAAAAUCAAUGCGCCGUGGCCGCUCUUACUCUGUUUUCAGUGCAAAGGAAUACAAGGCUACAGUGGAGUUCUACUGGGCUCCGUUUCUGGUGGAGUCGAAUUCGGAUAACCCGAUAAUAAGGGACCCGAAGAAACGGGUAAUGAAAGUGGAUUCGGUGUCGAAGCAUGCCAAGUUCUGGGUGGGAGUGGAUAUAUUGGCCUUCAAUACUUAUGUUUGGUGGAUGAGUGGCACCAAGGUCAAGUCACUAUGGGGAUCAUUUGCAAAUGGAGAAGAAGGGUCAGAAGAUCUGGAGACAGUGGUCGCUUAUAAGAUAGGAUUGAAGAGUUGGGCCAAUUGGGUUGACUCAAACAUUGAUCCCACCAAAACUAGGGUCUUCUUCACCACCAUGUCCCCUACUCACGCAAGGAGCGCAGACUGGAGGCGCAAGAAGAGGACAAGAUGCUUCAACGAGACGAUGCCGAUCACGAAGAAGGGCCACUGGGGAAGUGGCUCCGACAAAGGGAUGAUGAGCGUGGUGGCCCAAGUGGUGGAGAAGAUGAAGGUUCCGGUGACCUUCAUCAACAUAACUCAGCUCUCGGAGUACAGAAAAGACGGCCAUUCCUCCGUCUACGGUGAGCUGGGCGGUAAGAUGUUGACGGAUGAGCAAAAAGCCGAUCCUGUGCACUACGCAGAUUGCAUCCAUUGGUGCUUGCCUGGAGUUCCAGAUACAUGGAACCAGAUAUUCUUGGCAUAUUUGUAGACUUGUAGUUGAAUAUAUAUAUGUGAAUUAAAUAAUUUGCUUUUUUGGCCAAGCCAGCAAAUUAUUUUGAUUUUUCAUUUAAUGCAGCUUAAUUUCUUUCAUUUA